AAAAAAUCUCUCAAUCGUUCGGUCUUGCCUGAGAUUCCCACGGACGGAUCUGUGAACGAUCAGCUGAUACUCUCACAAGUAGCCUAUGGGCUCGUGGUCCUGCUGAAAACUCCAAGCACAAACCGUUCUCGGGUGCAGGACACCUCGCGGCGACGCCGAAGGCGAGAUGUUCCGAACACUGGGUCGCGUGCUCGCUCGAUUCGAGAAGCGCCCAUCUGCGACGAGGAGCGCUCACCGAUCUCAGGAAUUCCCUGUCGAGCGGCCGAGUCCUAAAUAUGCCUUGCUCGUUUGUCCAGCGAUCGCUUUCGGCCUCGGUUGCUGGCAAAUCAGGCGACGCGAGUGGAAAACAGCGCUUAUCGACACUAUUGACGCGAAGACUAAAGCGCCUCCCGUCGAGCUCCCCUCAGAUCUCCGUGAUCUGGACGACAUGGAGUACCAGACCGUUCGGGUCCGAGGGGUUUUCGACCACGACGAAGAGGUGUAUAUUGGUCCUCGAGGAGAUGUGGAGAAGGGGGGGAUUGGUUUCUUCGUCAUCACACCCCUGAAAUUGGAGGACAGAGACUACUCUAUCCUAAUCAAUCGAGGUUGGGUUCCACGAGAGAAAACAAACCCAGCCACCAGACGGGAAGGCCAGAUUCCCGGAGUGGUAGAGAUCGAGGGCGUCGUUCGGAAGAGCGAACCGAAACCGAUAGCGUCGAAGGAAAUAAGGAGUGGAGCCUUCUUCGCGGUACGCGACAUCGAUAUGUUGGCACAAACGUUAGGAACUGCGCCUGUGUAUAUCGAUGCAGCGAGGAAAUCCUCGAUCCCCGGGGGACCCUUGGGAGGACAAACGAGAGUCAAUCUGCGCAACGAGCACCUUUCGUACAUUCUGACUUGGUUUUCGCUCAGUGCCGCCACGCUGCUAAUGUGGUACAAAAAAUAUGGGAAAGGUGUCCGCUUCUGACUUUCCGGAUCGUGGGCAUAGGUAUAGAGAGAUAUUCAUCGGACUUUGAACCAUGUCAAUAAAGAGUUUCCGAGUGAGAA